AUGCCGUGGUUGCCGGGCUCAGGUAACCCAACCGCCGGCGACAAGUCUCCAUUCACAGGAAGCCUAACGACGGUCACCGCCCCCUAUGCGGGCUCGGCUAUGACAACGUUGACGAUUUCCCCUGCUGGAAGUGACCAGACAGGCACGGAGCUCAUCCUCAAGCCGACUCCCAAUAACGGAGAUGCCCCUUUCAACGGUCCCUGCACGACAACAACAGUUCCUGGAGCCGGCACAGCAUUGACAACUUUGACUGUACCUCCAUCUGGAACUGAUCGAACUGGUACUCAGAUUGUCUGUAUUCCCCCGGCUACAGGAGGUCUGGUAACUACCACAUCAACUGGAACCCGCCCUGACCAGACAGGCCUAUUGACGCUUCAACCCGGAAAGCCCGGCGAUCCAACCACUAUCAUUACCAUUGUGCCACCUCCCCCAGAAGGCUUGGUGACUUCAACCUCGACUGGUACUCAACCCGGCCAGACAGUACCUCCUCCUUCAGGGGAGAUAGUAACUUCUACUUCGACAGGGACUCGUCCAGGUCAAACCGGAUUGCUGACUCUUACACCUGAUAAGCCUGGAGACCCAACAACGGUAGUAACCAUUGUGCCUCCUCCCAGCGGCGGUUUAGUUACCACUACCUCAACAGGAACUCAACCUGGUCAGACUGGCCUUCUCACCUUGACUCCCGGUCGUCCGGGAGAUCCAACCACUGUUUUGACUAUUGUGCCCCCUCCCUCGGGAGGACUAACGACUGUCACAUCCACCGGCAGUCAGACUGGCUUGACGACCCUGAAACCCGGCCGACCUGGGGAUCCAACCACUGUCGUCACUUUUGUAUCCUCUCCGGUUCCUACGGGAGGUCUGGUCACAAUUUCGUCCACUGGAACCCAGCCUGGUCAAACUGGGCUUCUCACUUUGACGCCGAGUCGUCCUGGAGAUGCAACCACAGUUGUGACAAUCGUGCCCCGUCCUUCAGGAGGACUGACGACUGUCACAUCUACCGGCACUCAGACUGGCCUGACCACCUUGACGCCCAGUCGGCCCGGCGAUCCAACUACUGUCGUUACCUUUAUUCCACCUCCGACAGGUGGCAUUAUCAUCGUCACUUCCACAGGUUCAACCACUGGCCUCGUUACGCAGACGCCUGGACGUCCAGGAGAUCCCACCACUGUCAUCACCCUCGUUCCGUCGUCAAGCGGCGGCAUCACUACCAUUACCUCCACGGCUUCAACAUCUGGGUUGACCACUUUGACACCUGGGAGACCCGGAGAUCCGACGACGGUGGUGACCUUUGUUCCAACUCCUACCGGCAGUAUUAUCACAGUCACUUCGACAAGAUCAACCACUGGCCUUAGUACCCAGACGCCCGGACGACCUGGAGAUCCAACUACCGUCGUGACCUUCAUUACGCCACCUGCAGCUGGAUUGACCACGAUCACUUCGACAGGAUCUGUGACUAGUCUCACGACUCUGACACCUGAAAGGCCUGGCGAUCCUACAACUGUAGUCACCUUCGCGACCGGCCCUCCUCUUCUGACAGUUACGUCAACCGGAUCAACAACUGGUUUAACCACGUUGACUCCUGAAAGACCUGGAGAUCCCACCACCGUCGUUACCUUGGUAACUGGCCCGCCUAUCGUUACGUUAACUUCUACUGGCACAACUACAGGCCUCACCACGGUUCCAGGAGGUCCCGGAGGCCCAGCUACAGUUGUUACGUUUGUUCUUCGCCAGGGUUUCCUGGUUGCACUCACCUCUACGGGAACCACAACUGGACUCACGACAAUUGUUCCCACUGAUCCCGUGGGUGGUACUACCAGCAUAAUCACGUUCGUCACUCUGCCAGCCCCGGUGACUCUCACGUCUACGGACAGCACAACUGGGCUCACUACGGUUCCCCCUGGUCCUAGUGGAGGGCCUCCAACUGUUAUUACCUUUGCGACCUCUCCAGCAAGCCCUCUUCCUCCUGUGACUGUCACAUCAACAGCAUCAACCACCGGCUUGACGACAGUUCCCCCUGGCCCAAGCGGCGGUCCUACUACAGUCGUUACUUUCAUCACCCCGUCUGAACCCCUUACGCCAGUGACGGUAACUUCUACAGGAAGCGUAACUGGAUUGACUACCCUUCCUCCUGGCCCAAGUGGUGGGCCGUCCACUGUUGUCACCUUUGUCCCUCGCGUUACUGGCUUCUUGAUAACUCUCACAUCUACAGCCACGCAAACGGGACUCACGACUAUCAUCCCGACGGACCCAGCAGGCACUACAAGCGUCAUUACAUCCGUCACGCCCUCUGCGCCUCUUACGCCCGUUACUGUGACGUCAACUGGAACUGGGACUGGGCUGACAACCCUUCCUCCCGGCUCCAGCGGCGGUCCAUCCACUAUAGUCACUUUCGUACCAUCAGUCACCGGUGGCUUGACAACGCUCACAUCAACGGGCUUGCAGACUGGGCUCACCACCAUUAUCCCAACAGACCCGGCCGGCACUACGAGCGUCAUCACAUUUGCUACGCCCAGCGCCUCCUUGACACCAGUCACAGUGACUUCGAUUGGAAGCGUAACUGGAUUGACAAUUUUGGCUCCUGGUCCUAGCGGCGGCCCCUCAACUGUUGUGACUUUUGUUACUCCUCCUCUUACGCCAGUCACCGUGACUUCAACGGGCACUACCACAGGACUUACAACAGUUUUCCCCGGCCCAAGCGGCGGUCCCUCAACCGUGGUCACUUUCGUCACCCCAACCCCCUCUCCAACAGAUGUCGCUGGAUGUGCUUCAUUAUGCACACCCGGGUCCGGUACGGGUGUCACAGUGAAGCUCUACAGGAACAUCCAUGGGAGUGGUAAUGGCGGCUACGAAAGCGGCACGCCUCCACCUAAUCUCACAGGUGUGACUCCCAUUGCACAGGGAACGUCCAACGACCUUGGAUUUCCCGUGUUCAAUACCGGUACGUCCGAUUACAUUCCUGGUUCAACUCGAACCGUCGCUGGUCUUACUGUCGAUGCAAACAACUUCACUGCACUGUUCGCUGGCUACUUCCAGCCUACCGUAUCCGGUGUAUGGACCAUCUGUCAAUCGGCUGACGACGCCUCGUAUCUCUCUCUACCUUGGUGGUGGAAGCGCUUUUUCUGUGGAAACCCAAGUGAUCAAGGAGGAACCGAGCACUUGUGGCAGGCCUUCUGUAUCCGUAUCGAGAGGUUUUCGGCCAGAUCCAAGGAUACUCAUUUCUCAACGUGUCUUUCACACCUCCUGGAGGUACCGUUUCGAGCUCCUUCCAGGGGUAUCUUUAUCCCGAGGACUCUAGUUGCGUUCCAGGGUGGUGGCACCACAUCUUCUUCGACCUCCUCCGCCGCUCUUACACCAGUUACCGUCACUUCGACUGGAUCCGUAACCGGAUUAACAACUCUUGCCCCCGGUCCUAGCGGCGGUCCUUCUACUAUUGUCACUUUUGUGACUCCUUCUGCAACCCCUGUUCCGCCAGUGACCAUCACUUCGACUGCCACCACCACGGGACUUACCACAGUUCCGCCGGGCUCAGGAGGUAGUGUUACUACCGUCAUCACUUUCGUGACACCCUCUACUACAUCAACGUCCAUUUCGUCGUCCUGCGUCUUGGCCUCUCUAUCCACAACGCUGUCUGCAUCUGCUACCGCUGGCGCGACUCAGACGGUAAUCGUACCUGCAUGUGCCACUUCCGUAUCAUUCCGAAUCCUUGGAGGGGGUGGCGGGCAGUCAACGGGUGGCCCAGGAGAAUUAGUUCAGGGUUCUUUGGCGGUCACUCCUGGACAAGCAUUGUCACUGAUAACUGGAGGGCAGGGUGGUACAAACACUUUCGGCACCAGUAUCUACGCCAACGGUGGUUCUGCAACCAGCACCGCUGGAGGUGGCGGUGCGGCUUCUGCCCUCUACCUUGGGACUACCCUACUUGGUGUCGCCGGCGCCGGCGGCGGCGGGUCAGGCAGCGCAUACUCCAGCUCUGGGGCUGUCAUGGUGCAGUAUGAGUCUGCAUCUUCAAAUUCGGCCGCUGCAGGCAAUCCUGGAGCAAAUCGAUACCUCUACACCUCCAGUCAAAGCCUGCCAACCACCUUCACUUCCCUCAUCGGUGGAGGAGGUGCUAGUUCUGCCACCACUCCUGGAAGUGGCGGUGUAUUUGGAGGCACCUAUAUCAGUGCCAAUGCUGGCGCCGCUGGCAAUGGCGGCGUUGGUGGUGCUGGAGCGGCCGGUGCGGGAACUUCGACUGGCGGCGCAGGUUCAGGUGUGGCUGGUGGCGGCGGAGGAGGAGGUGGUUAUCGUGGCGGCGGUGGAGGCGCGUCUCUUUACUACAAUACUGACAAUCUCCAGAAUCUUGGUGCCAGAGGUAGCGGAGGUUCCAGUUUUGUUGAUUCAAGCGUUUCUGAAAGCUCUCAGACCCUCUCUACGGCUUCAUCUCCCGGAAGCGUUGUCGUAAUUUUCUCGUAA